AUGGCUGCGAUUCCUUCAUUUGCCUUCCCAGACAUGGACGCGUCGCAGCUUGAUGACAAAAUGGACGUAGCCUCCUCACCUUUUCGACAGCCCGACGAUAUUGAUAUCGACCUCGACUCUGUCCGUGAUCCUUCCGUAAUUGGCUCCCCCCACGACGACAUGGUUGAUGACCCUGUGGAACCUCUGAAUACCGAGCCCGACGUUAUGGAAGACCAACUCGAUGAGACACUGCCGGAUGAUGAUAUGAAUGAUGAACAAAACGUAUCGAUGUUAACUGAGCAACCUGACCCGGACUACAACAUGGAUGCCUCUAUCGAAGGAGCUCAAGGUGAUGAAGAUGAGGAUAUCUUGUAUGAAGACGAGGAAGAUAUCGGUGCGGUCGUACAAGAUAUUGAAGUAGGUGCCGAGCACAGCGCAUAUGAAGAUCAGCCGCAAGACUACGAAGAGGUGGAAGCAGACGUCGUUUUAGAAGAACCUGGAGACCAACCUGGACAACAAGACCAGACCGAUAUAGAUACUAAUCAAGACAAGACUCUCACCGACGACACAAGCCCUGUUGUCACAGCAGAUGACGCCGCCCGAGGUCAAGAUGAAACCCAGGCUUCGAACGCUGAGAUACCGGAUACGUCCCGAGAAGAUGGGGCUGGCCAAGGCGAAACGGACCAAGCUCCUGAACAAGCGCAAGGUGAGCAGCGUGACCCUGCUGCCGACGACCUAGAACCACAUCCAGAGGCUGAAGCCGGUAAUCAUGCUUUCUCCCCUGAUGAAGAUGGUCGUCCUGCGGCUGAAAACCAGCCAACUACCGAAGCAAAUGAAGCCGAGCCCCAAGACCAGCAUGAGGAGACGGCCAAGAACGAAGAGGACAAGGCAACUCCAACCGUUCACUCUGUAACCCUUGUUUACCUGGAAGAGGAAAUGUCGCUUUUCCCGCCCAUGCUCGGCGAUGCUUCGAGCGUGUAUUUCCUGCCUGAUGCUUCCUUGGCCUUCGAGCCUCUGGACAAAUUGCUCGGAGCAUGCCGUGAGAUUUUGACCGGGACGCUGGAUCAUCAUGAUGAGCUUGUGCUUGACGUGCCUGGGUUAGGUCUGCACAUUUGCGAGGAUUCCAAAUAUGCUGCUCAAAUUACGCUUGCCCAGAUCCUGGACGUCUAUCUGCAGCUCUGCAAUAACAACGCAGGCCAAGCGGUCCAACCUCUGUACUGUCACCUGAGCAGCCGAGUGAGCCUAGCAUCGCAAUAUGCCUACCUCUGCUCUGCGGGAGCUGAAGGCAAGACCUAUGCUGAGAUAGCUGCCGAUCAUGCGGAAUCUCCGGAGCUGGAAGGAGAUGAUGCAGGAGAAGCCAGUCACUAUGAAGAACCUCAAAAUGAAGGCGAUCUCUUACCUGCCACAGAGGAAACAGAGGCUGUUGCAGCAAGCACACACGACCAGCCGUCCACAGCCCAUGUCGAUGACACAGAUACCCUUGGUCAGGAAGACCAUGGGGGGGAGGAGCUCCUUUUCGACCGUGCCACCCGGGCCACUGUGCCCGCAGCUAGCGAUGUGGAUCGGCCCGAAAUCCUUGCACUCCCAGAAGCGCCUGAGACAGCUGAACAGCUAGAAUUGCAUGCUAAAGCUGAUCAAGAUGGUGAGCCUGAGUACCUGUAUGACGAAACUCAAGAGCCCACAGAUAAUGCAACUGGGCAGGAGCUGCGUCCUGAGGCUCAGGAUCAACCGCACGAGGAUCAAGAGCAUGCAUCUAACAGCUCACAUACUGUGGAAGCCGAUGCGGGUGACACGGACUUUCAGGAUAUCAAAGCAGCUGAUGUCGAGGCAGAAGGUCUUGGGCAAUCCAAUGAAGAAGCAGAGGAUCUUUUUCAACAUGACGAGGAUGGACCCGAGCCGGAAUCCAACUACGAACCUUUUGGUGAUGAAGAGCUCCUGGCCGCUCAGGAUGAACUUGGUGAAAAUAUUCCGGAAGAUCUGUCCGCAACUAUCCAAGAUGAGGACCCGAUUCCGACCUUCCAAGGUACAAACGAAACAGACGUGUCUGAGACGCAGCCUUUGCCUUACAGCAAUGCUAAUUCCCUUGACGGAGACUCCUCGCAUCUCGCUUCGACUGUUGACGCGCAAUAUCCUGGCAAUCUCAGUCCUCCCAUGACUCCUGUCGCAGGCAAGCAGGCCAAGCGGAAAGCCGAGGAAGAUGAUGAGCUCAUCCUUGAUCUUGACACGCCAGAUCCAAAGCGUCGGAGACCUUCAUGA